GGUUGUCGAGCUCGAAGCUCCCGGGGCAGCCGACACCUCCGCACGCCUCCCGCGCAGCAGUGCUCACCCCGCUCAGGCAGAGCGAUGCUGAAGCCCGGAGACCCCGGCGGAUCCGCGUUCCUGAAGGUGGAUCCCGCCUAUCUGCAGCACUGGCAGCAGCUUUUCCCGCAGAGCAGCCAGCUCAAAAGCAGCGGGCCCCUCUCGCAGCUCCAGCCGCCCGAGAGAGCCGAGCCCCCGGCUGAUAGCCUCCGCCAGCGUCCGACCUCUCUCUCCUCCGCCUCCUCCUGCUCUUCCUCGUCCACUCCGUCUUCCUCCUCCACCUCGUCGUGCGUCGCUGCGUCGGCGGCUUCUCUGGCUGGUCUGACCUCCCUGCCUGUGACCCAGCUCCCGGUCUUCGGCCCGCUGCAGAGCUCGGAGCUCCCGGCCGGGGGAGCGCCCGCUCCCCUGCAGGGCAAGGAUUUGUGCGGGGCCGGCAGCGGCGGCGGCAAAUGUGGCGACCGUGGUGCCACCCGGUUCCGCUGCACAGCCGAGGAGCUGGACUACUACCUGUACGGGCAGCAGCGCAUGGAGAUCAUCCCGCUGAACCAGCACACCAGCGACCCCAACAACCGAUGUGACAUGUGUGCUGAUAACCGCAAUGGUGAGUGCCCCAUGCACGGGCCCUUGCACUCUCUACGCCGGCUGGUGGGCACUAGCAGCGCGGCCGCGGCAGCUCCUCCACCCGAGAUCCCGGAGUGGCUCCGGGACCUGCCCCGGGAAGUGUGUCUGUGCACCAGUACAGUGCCUGGCCUAGCCUACGGCAUUUGUGCAGCACAACGGAUCCAACAGGGCACCUGGAUUGGGCCCUUCCAGGGAAUCUUGCUCUUGCCAGAGAAGGUUCAAGCAGGUGCCAUCAGGAACACUCAGCAUCUCUGGGAAAUAUAUGACCAAGAUGGGACACUGCAGCACUUUAUCGAUGGCGGAGAACCCAGUAAGUCAAGCUGGAUGAGGUACAUCCGAUGUGCGAGACACUGUGGGGAACAGAACUUAACGGUGGUUCAGUACAGGUCAAAUAUAUUCUACCGGGCUUGUAUAGAUAUCCCCAGGGGCACUGAGCUGUUAGUGUGGUACAAUGACAGCUACACAUCUUUCUUUGGAAUCCCUCUCCAGUGCAUUGCACAAGAUGAAAAUUUGAAUGUCCCUUCAACUGUAAUGGAGGCCAUGUCCAGACAAGACACCCUGCAGCCAUUUAAUAAGAGUAACAAACUAUCCCCUGCCACUCCACAGCGAUCCGUAGUAUUUCCACAGACUCCGUGUAGCAGAAAUUUUUCUCUCCUGGAUAAGUCUGGGUCCAUCGAGUCAGGAUUUAACCAGAUCAGUGUCAAAAACCAACGAGUUCUUGCAAGUCCAACUUCAACAAGCCAACUAAAUUCUGAGUUCAGUGACUGGCAUCUUUGGAAAUGUGGGCAAUGCUUUAAGACUUUCACCCAGCGGAUCCUCUUACAGAUGCAUGUGUGUACGCAGAACCCCGACAGGCCCUACCAGUGUGGUCACUGCUCCCAGUCUUUCUCCCAGCCUUCAGAGCUGAGGAACCAUGUUGUCACGCACUCCAGCGACAGGCCUUUCAAGUGUGGCUACUGCGGGCGUGCCUUUGCUGGUGCCACAACACUCAACAAUCACAUCCGGACACACACUGGGGAAAAGCCCUUCAAGUGCGAGAGGUGUGAGAGGAGCUUCACACAAGCCACCCAGCUGAGUCGACACCAGAGGAUGCCCAAUGAGUGCAAGCCAAUAACAGAGAGCACAGAAUCAAUUGAAGUGGAUUAACUGAUUGACUGGUUGGAAUUAAACUGCAAGGAAAGUCAUGAUUAAAUGUCACGGACACUUAAGCAAAACCAAAGAUUUCCUCUGAGCAACUUUCAAUCAGUCCCAGAAAACCAAAAGCAGUAAUAAAAUAAGUAAGAUGUUAAGAGAUAUUGAUCCUGGCAUGGAAGUGAGACCAGGAAAGAGAUUAUUUAUUUAUGACUAAGGAUGAGUCUUAUUUCAAUUGACAAGUUACUUGGGACUGUUAACAUUUCAAGUCCCUUCAUGUAUUGCUUUAAUUCUAAAAGCCUUUAUAAUUGUUAUUUAAUGCCAAAGUGAAGGAUCUCAAGGGUUCUUCUGCUCAUAGUUAUGACUGAGAAUGCACAUGGACUUGUUUAUUGUUGCACCUUUUUUUUGUAGCAUCAUUCAAAGGACCCAGAUGUAAUCUGUACUUUUGGCUGGGCUAAGCUGAUCUCAACAUGGCUGUAAUAGAAAUUGCUGUGUGGGAUGGAAAGUGAUCAUGAGCUAUACCUGGGUCAGUGUCAGCCACCUCAGACCAAAGGGCAUUCCAUUUCCAUAGUCUCAUGCCUCAC